GUGACGGGAAUCCUGAGCUGGAUCGUUCGUUCCUGGACCGACGUGGAGAACAACAUCGUGUCUGUGGAGCGAGUGAAGGAGUACGAGGACACACCCAAAGAGGCGGCCUGGACCCUGGAGGACAGUUUGCUGCCGGCGGAGUGGCCGACCACGGGAACCAUCGAGUUUGAAGAUUAUGGACUUAAGUACCGGAAAGAUCUGGACUGGGCCUUAAAGAACAUUUCCAUCAACAUCCAGAACAGAGAGAAGGUCGGGAUCGUUGGAAGAACAGGAGCCGGAAAAUCGUCUCUUGCUUUGGGAAUCUUCAGGAUUCUGGAGGCGGCGAGCGGACGAAUCGUUAUCGAUGGAAUCAACAUCGCUCAUUUGGGCCUCCAGGAUCUCAGAUCCAGAAUCACCAUCAUUCCUCAGGACCCGGUGUUGUUUUCUGGGUCUCUGAGGAUGAACCUCGACCCGUUCGACACCUGUUCAGAAGACGAUCUGUGGAAAGCUCUGGAACUCGCUCAUCUUCGCAGCUUCGUGUUGGAACUGCCUCAGAAACUCGACCAUCAGUGCAGUGAAGGAGGAGAGAACCUGAGUCUGGGUCAGCGGCAGCUCCUGUGUUUGGCUCGAGCUCUGCUCCGGAAAACCAGGAUCCUGGUUUUGGAUGAAGCGACGGCUGCUGUCGACCUGAAGACGGAUCAGCUGAUCCAGUCCACCAUCCGCAGUCAGUUCGAUGACUGCACAGUUCUGACCAUCGCUCACCGCCUCAACACCAUCAUGGACUACACAAGGGUCAUUGUGAUGGACAGAGGCUCCAUUGCAGAGAUGGACUCUCCCGCUCAGCUCGUCCACCUUCAGGGUCUUUUCUAUCAGAUGUGUGUGGAGGCUGGUUUGGUUUGA